UCUUGAUUCUUCAACAAAACAUUCAUCAAUUCCCAAGAUUUCUCCAUUAACAGACCUCUCCAUCUCACUUGGUCUCCACUCUCACUCUUCACUUUCCUCUCCCCUAGGGUUUGGGUUCCUCCCUUCAUUCCAUCUCUUCCCCUUCUCGGGUUUUGCACCAACAUAAUUCUGAUUUCUGUACUCCACCAAAUGGGAAAGUGUUAAAUUGGGAAAGAAAUAAAGCCCGCAUUUUGUUUUUCAAGGAAAAGUAAACCCAUUUCGAAAGAAUUCAUUUUUAUUUUCAUAGAGCUGAGAUUUGGAUCAGUGAGAUCGGCAGAAAUGGUAGUUAUUGUAGUGAUGGGUUAAGCUUUAAGGAGAGAGAAAGAAAAGAUCUUGUUGUUAGCUGUCAAUGGAAGUUUGGUGAAAUUUAUUGUUUGUUUAGAACUAAAAGAAGGUAAAAAAGGAGCAGAAGAAUUGGGUCUGCCAACAUGCAUUUUGCUAAGCUUGAUGACUCUCCUAUGUUUCGUAAGCAGAUACAAACUUUGGAGGAAGGUGCCGACUCCUUGGGUGAAAGGUGUUUGAAGUUUUGCAAAGGAUGUCGAAGAUACACUGAAGGACUCGGUGAGGGAUAUGAUGGAGACAUAGCUUUUGCUAGUGCCCUGGAAACUUUUGGUGGAGGCCAUAAUGACCCUAUUAGUGUUGCCUUUGGAGGUCCUGUAAUGACAAAAUUCACCAUUGCAUUGAGGGAAAUUGGGACAUACAAAGAAGUUCUUAGAUCUCAGGUUGAACACUUGCUAAAUGAUCGAUUGCUGCAGUUUGUAAAUUUGGAUUUGCAUGAUGUCAAGGAGGCACGCAAACGCUUUGACAAGGCUAGUCUUCUCUAUGACCAGGCUCGUGAGAAGUUUUUGUCAUUACGAAAAGGCACAAGAAGUGAUGUAGCAACUGUCCUGGAGGAGGAGCUCCAUCAUGCUCGGUCAACUUUUGAACAGGCGCGAUUUAAUCUGGUCACUGCUCUUUCAAAUGUUGAAGCAAAGAAAAGGUUUGAGUUCUUAGAAGCAGUUAGUGAAACAAUGGCUUCUCAUCUGCGCUAUUUCAAACAGGGAUAUGAGCUGUUGCAUCAGAUGGAACCAUAUAUUAACCAGGUCUCAACUUAUGCAAAACAAUCAAAAGAGAGAUCCAACUAUGAGCAAGCAGCUCUUAAUGAGAGAAUGCAAGAAUAUAAACGCCAGAUUGAUCGAGAGAGCCGGUGGUCCUCAAAUGGUUCAAAAGGAUCUCCAAAUGGAGAUGGAAUCCAAGCCAUUGGAAGGAGUUCGCAUAAGAUGAUAGAGGCUGUCAUGCAAUCUGCUGCAAGAGGAAAGGUCCAAACAAUUAGACAGGGUUACCUUUCGAAGCGAUCCUCAAACCUAAGGGGUGAUUGGAAAAGAAGGUUCUUUGUUCUUGAUAGCCGGGGUAUGCUGUACUAUUAUCGCAAAAGAAGCAGCAAACCUUCUGGCUCAGGCACUCAACUUGCUAAUCAAAGAAAUAGUUCGGAAUUGGGUUCUGGAUUGCUAAGUCGUUGGUUGUCUUCUCAGUAUCAUGGUGGGGUACACGAUGAGAAAUCUGUUGCUCAUCAUACAGUAAACUUGUUGACUUCAACAAUAAAAGUUGAUGCUGACCAAUCAGAUUUAAGAUUCUGCUUCAGAAUAAUAUCCCCAACAAAGAACUAU